GGGAAGAAUUAAUUAAAGUUGAAAUCCCACAUGUUUAUUAUUGAUAUCAUGAUGAUCUAUGCCUGAUAAAAAUACAAUGACAACUGAUAUCAAAUCGAGAUCUUGUGCUUGUAAAGGUAUUCGGACAUGCUUACAAUGUGAAAAUUAUCAAUUACCUAAAUCAAGUGGUCAAAAUCUUUGGAAUACAAAAACCUAUGUUUAUUGUUGGCGAUGUGGUAAUCGGGCUUACGCUUCAACAUUUUUUGAUAAACAUGUGGAAGAUCAUGAAAAAAAUAACGAAUUCGAUGAUGUACCUAUGAUUCAGAUUGAUGGUGUAUUCUUACAAACUGAUGUAAUAACUGAUGAUGAAGAAGUUCAUCUUAUCAAACAAAUUGAUUCAUUCGAUUGGGUAGAUUCACAAUCAGGCCGCCGUAAACAAGAUUUUGGACCGAAAAUUAAUUUCAAAAAACAAAAAAUCAACUUCACACCAUUCACAGGAUUACCGAAACUUGAUGUUGAAAUAUUGAAUCUAAUUCGUCGUGAACGUUUAACAUCACAUAACGAUUGGCAUCGAUUUUCAUCGCUUCCAUUUGAUCAGUAUUCAGAUCAUACUAUAUUGAAUCGUUUUUACCCAAUCGAAAUUUGUCAUCUUGAAUAUUGUCCAGAACGUGGAUCAUCAAUCGAUCCACAUUUUGAUGAUAAUUGGAUUUGGGGUGACCGUUUGGUAACAUUGAAUCUUGCCUCGACAGCAGUAAUAACAUUGACAUUUCCAGAGUUAUCAUCAGUAGCAGAAUAUUGUAUUCGCAUUGCAUGUCCAAAAAAAUCGCUUCUGGUUCUUUAUGGUGAUGCAAGAUAUAAAUUUCAUCAUUCGAUUCACAGAUCCGACAUAAAUCAUCGACGAUUGGCUAUUACAUUUCGUGAAUUAGCCUAUUCAUUUUUUCAACAAUCAUAUUUAAACAAAGAUAAAAGAUAUUUACUUAUUCAUGAUGAAUUUAUUAAUCGUUCAAAAAAAAUGAUAACUAAAUAAAUAAAAAUAUAAUAU